GUAUUUAAAGGUCUUUCUCCCGGACUCUUGGAGCUGACAUGAACAUCUUCACUAAAGUAUACGGACUAGCCCAACAAACCAGCAAGCUGGGGUCUGUGCUCCAACGUGCCUUCUACGGGUCCAGUGGGAGGGUGACCCUUUUCGAACAGCGUAAUUUUGCCGGCAGACGUCUGGACCUGAGUGCCGACUGCCAGAAACUAAGCGACAAGAACUUCCCAGAGAGAUGCAACUCUGUGCAGGUGGAGAAUGGAGCCUGGGUGGUGUACCAGGAGCCUAACUACAGAGGUCCCCACUAUGUCUUGGAGAAACGUGACUACAACAACGCCUCGGACUGGGGCUCCCAGAGCAGCACAGUGGGCUCCAUGCGACGGGUCCGCUUCAAUAACUAACCAGCUGACUCCUGAGUGGCGCAGCGGUCUAAGGCACUGCAUCUCAGUGCUUGAGCCGUCACUACAGAACUGGUUCUAUUCCAGGAUGUAUCACAACCGGACGUGAUUGGGAGACGACCCAUAGGGCGGAGCACAAUUGGCCCAGCAUCGUCCGGGUUAGGGCUUGGCCGGGGGAGGCCGUCAUUGUAAAUAAGCAUUUGUUCUUAACUGACUUGCCAAGUUAAAUAAAGGUUUAAAAAAUUAUAAGAAAACCCCCCUCAUAAACCCCCCUGCCCUAAUCCCCCUAACCAACAGGAGGACUCCACACCAGCACCCCUUCCACCUGACACACACACACACACACACACACACACACACACACACACACACACUGUGUCAGCUUAAUACACACACAUUAUGCAAAACUACCAGAAAACUAUUUUAAUAAUAAACAGUAAAAAGACAA